AUGAAAUUCCAUCAGUUCCGCUGCCAUAUCACAGGUACCCCUUCCAGACCCGCCCCCACGCGCCUUGCGCGUGGCGCGGGCGCGGCGGGUUCCACAUCUCAGCGCUUCGUCGUGUCGGCGUCCGCGCUGCUGGUGGCGCGGGCAGCGAGGUUGAGCCGAGGGGCACGAGGCAAAGCGCAGGAGGACGCGCCGCCGGACUACGACAAGUUCAGUGACGACCUGAUAGUAGUGGUACAGAGUGCAGAGAAGAACGCGGUCGAACUGAAUGCUGCGCAGAUUGGAACGGAUGCCUUGCUGUUGUCUUUGCUCACCGUCUCAGAACAGGAGAGCCCAAAUGCACAAGCCACGAGGGCCGCAGCCUUUCCCGGGGUUGAAGCUGAUGCGGUCGCUGCAUAUCUGCAACAACGCUCUGCUUCCAGCGCUUCCGAUUCUGGACGGAAGGCUCCUGCAGGUGGCCCCCCCAAGAUGUUCACGCCCAUGACGCGGCGGGCGCUGAGCACAGCGCAGCAGGAACAGGAGCGCCUGGGACAUGCAGCGGUGGAACCCGCCCAUUUGCUCCUGGCGUUGCUGAAGGUGCGGCUUGAGGAGGAGCAUGGGCACAGCAUGGAACUGCUACAGCACUUCGAGCAGAACACCGAGGAGGUGCGGCGCCGCGUGUUGACCACCCUGGAGGGGCCGUUAGCGAAGCUUCGUUUGGAUGCCUCAAACGUCCUGAAGACUUUGAAGGAGGAGGUGGUUGUGAAGGCUCCAACGGAAGAGCCACCCUUGGCCGCCAAGCUAAGGGCUGCCUAUCAGCAGCUGACAGAAGGUUUGGUCGAACGCUCGGUGGAAGCCAAGCUGCUCCUGCUGGCGGCGCUCAGCGGAGAGCAUCUUUUCUUGCUUGGACCACCAGGCACCGCCAAAAGUUUGCUGGCCCGGCGCCUGGCGCUGGUCUGUCGCGGGCACUUCUUCGAGCGGCUGCUGACGCGCUUCUCGGUGCCUGAGGAGGUCUUUGGGCCCUUGUCGCUGCGAGCCUUAGAGAAUGAUGAAUUGCGUCGGAAGGUGGACGGCUAUCUUCCCACAGCCGAUGUCGCUUUCUUGGAUGAAAUCUUUAAGGCGAAUUCGUCCAUUCUAAACGCCCUGCUCACGCUGCUCAAUGAGCGGCGCUUUGACAAUGGAGGGGAGAGGAUGGAGGUUCCCUUGUGGUGUGCGGUUGCGGCCUCCAAUGAACUGCCCGAGAGCGACGAGCUGGACGCCUUGUUUGACCGGUUCUUGUUGCGGCGGCAAGUGCCGCGCGUCUCGGACGACCAAGUGCCGGAGUUUCUGCGCAGCGGCUCAGCCCAGACUGGCCAGGAUUUGUUGAAAGGUUCCUUGGACCUUGCCAGCGAGGCAAGCACCAAUGAUGCUUCGGAAGAGCCAAUGCUCUCAGUUAUGGACUCCAUCGAAGCUCAAAGUCAGGCAGGGAAGACCACUUUCCCUAGUCAUCUGUUAGACCUUGUAGUGAGCUUGAGAGCCUACCUGCGUGAUGAAGCUGAGCCUCCAGUGAACCUCUCGGACCGUCGCCUGGGGAAAGCCGUGCGGCUGCUGCGGCUGGGCGCGUCCCUCUGUGGCGCCAAGGAGGUUUCGGAGCUGGAUCUGUUGUUGCUGCAACAUAUCUGCUGGGACAAGGAACCUUCGCAAGCGACCGAAGUCCGAGUCUGGCUUCUGGAGCGAAUGAGGCGCUUGGCACAGGAAGACGGUGAAGACAACGACCUAGUGGAGAAGGUGAAGUUCCUGCUGAAUCCCCUGAAACUGCGGCUGCGUCGCAAGCCCCGCGCCAGUGGCACGCUGUCCAUGGCCGGGAACGACCUGCCGUCGAUGCGCGAAGUGCUGGAAGAGGUGGUGAAGACACGGCUGGAACGCUUGGCACAGCUGAAACAGACCUUGCAGGAUCACACUGCGCAUCGGCUGUUCUGGUUGGAAGCCUCUGAGAUUCUGGAAGUCGAAGAUGCCUUGAUCCCUUCAGCUGAGCAAAGUGUUGAGAAAGCCGAAGCCGUCCUGAAAGACGUGCUGGAACUGCAGGGAGCAUUGGAUCUGGCUCCCACAGCCAGGGACAUCUGCUUAGAUGCCCUGUUGGAUGACUUUAGCAAUGACGGCUUCGCCGCUUCGCCGAUUCCUUCGCCUGCCAUGGCGUCGGGCCGUGGCCACGGGAUGUUGGGCCCUGCUCCGUCGGGCUUUGCGCCGCCCAGCGCUGCGGCCAAUCCGAACAUGUACGGCCACAACAAUCAGCCACUGGGACAAAGCAUCGUAGUGCCAAAUUCGCAGAUGCCGACCGCUCUCCGGGGUGGACCUCAGACUUCUCCAAUGUCGGCCCAGCGGCACGCGCAACUGCAGCGGAUUCUGAACCGUUUUGAGGUAUCAAUUGCAGAAGCAAACGACUUGGUUGUUUUGGAGGACUAUGAGAUUGUAUUAAUCCUGGACGAUUCGGGGAGCAUGAACGCCUCCUCGAAACCUCCUGAGCAGAGAAGCCUCAUGCAGGCAUCCACAACCCGCUGGGAGGAGCUGAAAGAGACGGUGGCGCUACUGGUGGAGCUGGCCUGCUGCUUCGACAAGUCUGGGGUGGAUUGUUUUUUUCUGAAUCGCGGUCUCAUCGAUGGUGUGAAGAGCCCGCAAGACCCGCGGCUCUUGUCAGCCUUCCAGGCCCCUCCCAGGGGCUCCACGCCACUGACCGAAGCCCUGCUGACGGUGGCGCAGAACUGUGCAGGCGAACGGCCCAUCUUGCUGAUGAUCUUCACAGAUGGAGAGCCCAAUGGCGGCGUGGGCCGCUUCGAACGUGAGUUGAAGCGCCUGGUGACGAAGAAAUCCACCAAUGCCACCGUCAAGGUGCAGAUCAUGGCCUGUACGGCCGAUGAAGAUGCUGUGGGCUACUUGAAUGCCAUCGAUGAGCGUUUCCGCUCUGUGGAUGUGACGGAUGACUACUACAGCGAAAUGCUGGAGGUACUGAAAAAGGCUCGAACGCGAAACAGAUUCACUCGAGGGGAUUGGUUAAUGAAAGCAAUGCUGGGACCCAUCUCCAGCAAGUUUGAUGCUUGGGACGAGACAGGCAACAAGAAGGCGCACCGGAAAUAUUGCGACGACUCAGACUGCAGCGACUCGGAGCAUGAUGUUGGCUGCCACGAGUGUGUCAUUGGCUGAGCUCUACUGUCGUGUCAUGGUCAUGGCUGAGAAAUCCCAAUGUUUUCUUGGAAUGUGAAGAUGAUCU